AGGUACCCAUGCCAGAGGAAAAGCUGCAGCUUGAGGAAAAUCCGAUACCUCUGUGUGGUGGUACCAGCGCCAUAUCUGCUCACAGUGGUCGAGAGCUGGUGGUUUUAGAUACGACCUAUGGGAGUGUACUGCAUCGUGUCUCUUUUGCCUCGAAAGGGGACAACGAAGUAGAUCCUGCACGUUUCGCGAUGUCAUUCAACGUGGAGCAAAUGCGGGAAUCACCGGACGACGAGGCGACGGAUCCCGGGGGGUCGAGGACAAAUUCUCGAACUGUCAGCCUCGCAGGUGUAGAUGCAAUCCUUGACUCGCCGGGUCCAGCAAGUCUCUUGGCAUCACCAACGCCAGUUCACUCUCCAUCUUCCGCGACAGGCGGUUUCCACAUGCAGAUGCAGUUAGUGAGCGAAGAUAUAGACUUGGACGCGCCCUCGGAUCGCGAAGCAGGCGACUCUCGACGCGGUGGUCUGUCGUCGAGGCUAUUUUCGGACUCCGACAGCCUCGCAGGUGUGCAGGGCGCUCAGCCGCAGCGCCUUCAUAGCAGCAUCGACCAGCCGCAGCAUCCACUCCAAUUGAUGGGAAGCAACUUGUGGGCUCCCGAGUCUCCAAUGUCGCCACCCCCUCGCGGGUUCCUCAUGACGCGCGACGACGGAGCGGGCCUCGGAAUGGGACGUGACUCUCAGGCACCCCGUCACGCUUUUCCGGCCCAUGCACGAACCUCGAGCGGACGCUUGGUUCUGAAUGAUACUGCGUCAAGUACGAAAGACGCAGAACAAGGCAAGGGCGAAACACCAAAUUCUCAUCAUCUGCGUAUCCCAGUCUACGAGGCGGCGAAUAUCCUGGCAUUGCACCUUUUCGGUGCUACCUACCGCGUGCUCGCUGGAAUCGACUUCGAAGAGGUGGAGCGCAUAGUCGUGCAGCAGCACAGGCAGCGCAAAAAGCUACAGAAACAGCAGAGCGGCCAGGCUGCAAUUGGAGUAACAAAAGGAGGAGAUGGAGCACCGUCUCCGGGGAAGACAACGCGCAGCGGCAGCGGCACACCCGCGUUAGCACGAAGCGCUCCUCGCAGUGGGUGUACGACUCCACCAUGUGAGAGCGCAGCAAGUUUCUACCAGCGUGAUGCGCUCAAACAGAGCAUGCCGUCAAAGAUAAAGCACAGAAACACCGACUCGCGAACCAACUCAGGCUUCGCUUCACCAAAAGAGUGCCAGUCGCCUCCCGCUGAAGGAGUAGGCUCCUACGCGCUACAACAGGCGCAGAAGGAGAAGCAACAUAUUCAUCAGCUACAGCGAUGCCCGCGACCAGGCACUCCUCAUGACCACGAGGAUGGCGAGUCAGAAGCCUCUCGUGCGUGUAGUAAAACUGGACACGGGGUCCACGAGAGCGGCAGCGGCGCGACGACGAAAGAAGUACCACCAACAAGCGGGGUGCGCGGUAUCAAAUUGCUGCCAGGCGGUUCCGUUUCCCCGGACGAAGUGAAAAUUAAGAUGACGGCGAGGCUUCUAAUACAGUUUGAAGCUGCGGUGGCUGCAGGCAAGACGGCUUUCGCUGCAGCGCUUCACGAAGAAAGUGCAAAGUGGCUCGCGCGUGCCGAAACCCUUGUUUCGACAGUUCAUCGCAUGAGCACGCGGAGCGCCAGCGGCGGCCAACAACUCUACCCACCUUUUUCACUCACAUCCGUAUCACAGAGUCUGUAUGAAGAAACGUCUCUGGAAAACGUGCGGCAAAGGUACGCGGACGCGGUCGCCAAACGUGUAAAAAAGAGACAGGAACAGAAGGACGCGGCCGAUGCACUUGUCUCAGUGGCAACCGAAAGCCCAGGCGCCGUCUCGAAAAAUGGCGAAGUGUCAACGCAGGAGAACAGCCAAAAUCGAGGCGCAAGCCAAGAGGACGAAGAAAUGCAAGACGGUACCAUAAACUUCGAUUUGGAAGUGCAGCAACUUGACGAUGACGGCAUACCCUAUGGGCGCGCGGAGCAAUUGUUGCAAAAUACGAGAGUUGCCGAGCAGUUCUUUCUUGACGACGCAGGCUCGUCUUUGGCUUCUUCGCCAGGCAUGCUCACGCCAAACUACAGCGAAUCGACGCGCCAGGUAGUACUAUAGACUGCGAUAUAGGUUUGGUGCACUGCGCAAAGCCAUGACGAACAUUUGAAUGCCACUAAAAUGGCUGGUCACUUUAUCUUGGCAGCUGAACGAGCUAAGUGUAGGCAUUCGUAGUUGCAACUGUAAGUGCUCUCGCGUCGGCAUCUCUUUCGAAACUUUCUCUCCUUUGCAGCUUACGCCCGAGACGCCAACCGGAGAGUUGAUAAGCACAACUUGCGGUAAUCCCAUGGGCAGCGGGGCGUCAGAGAGUGGCGUUGCCCAACAGUCCCGUCGCAGCUGGGCAUCUUUUUUCGGGCGUGGGCGAGGUGGCGCGUCGUCGGAAUCUACGGAAACGGGCGUGGCUGGUGGUAAUCCUGGCACUAGUGCAAAGAUGACAAGACGGGAUAGAUUUUUAAAACGCGAGGCAGAACGUCGAAAUAACGCCAAGCAAGUUGGGCGAAAAAUCAUCGAGCAGCUAACGAAGCGCCAAAACGAAGCAAAAGAUAUGGUUAACAUCAAAGCUGCACUGAGCAUUUUCGAAGAGGCGUUGCGGAGUGACGAGUAUGGACAGGGUUUAUUCUUUUUCUUAGAAGUCAUAUCAGUGAUAGAAGUGGCACAAAUAUCAAAUUUUCAAGAAAUGGUGUUCGUACUUAAGUACUUACCCAAUUCAUAUUAACGGCGUGUUGCUAGUUUGCUAGUAGCGAUGCUAGAAACAUCGACGUGGAUCACAUUUUUUGGAAUUUUCAAUGCUUGUUGCUUCAUAUUUGAAGCGGGGAGACUCCGUAUCCGCGGCUUACAGAGUCAGCAGGCGAACUACUCCCGGCAAUUCGCGAGCGCCUGCGCAACAAUAAGGGCGACGCGGAGGAAUGUGUCUUGUGGCUCUAUCAGGUGGAUGAGCUCUUAGACCUGACCAGGUGCGGCUUUGCAACUGGGGUGAGCGUGCUCGAACAGAACAAGGGAAACCUUGAAAUGGCGGAGCGACAAUUGAAUGCACCUCUUGAUUUCUGAUGAAGAAGAGAACGUAAAGCAGAAGUAGUAUUGGUUAUCGAGCAUCAGUGUCCUAGGUUUGUCGUUGUUUCGUCUUCACUGAACGGUAACCGUAACAAAAACAAACUCACGGUUGUUGCCAUAAUAAUAUCGAGAUAGAAAAAACUGUUGCAGGUAAUAGUCAUGGCAUGAGUUUCAUCACUGUGUUCAGACAAAUAACGAUUCAUUUAGAAUGUAAUUUCAAGCGUUACCGUAAGAUAGUAAAAUCUUGAUCUAGAUCGUUUUCUAGCGAAAGUUAUCACGCUGUGGGCUGCAAAGUGGAAGUGGAGUUCCGGCUACUAAAAAGCACAGCAUAUGCAAACCGUAGCACCAGAGCAAAAUGGCAGAGAGUAUAGCAUCUUUUACUCUUUCGAUAUCGAUCGAUCUCAAUCAUCUUCUAAACCGUGGAAAUCUGCGCAAUUUUGGAAAAUCUGUAACUGUGUGAUGUAGUCUUUUUGCGAAACCGAUAUAGAAAACCGCACCAGAUCCCAUAAAUGAUCACCAGUGGUAAUAUACUUAUGGUCACCAUACAGGAGGAGAGGCCUAAAACCAAUAUUUCUAGGAUUGCAAUGCUCUUGUCAUUGCCUCUCUAAAAGUCUUUCUUUACGGAGUCCGGUCUCGAACACGGUGUAGGAAACGCAUGCAGGAAUUCCAUGAAAACGACAAUGCCAUUCAGCUGCGGCGUUUACAACGAC